AGUCGCUUUCAGCAGGCAGCGGCAGCAGUUGCAUUCGAUUGCCAGCCAUCGCCAGCAUAUUUUGUAGUUAAAAGAAGCAGCAGCAGCAGCAGCAGAUAUCAAAUAGCAGGCAGCAGAGACACUCAGCCAGCAGCAGCCAGCAGACAGAGGCAGCCAGCGUCGUAGUGAACGUGGCACAGGUGCCAUUCUGCAUCGUCGUUUUGCAUCAUUUGCAUUUGCAUUUCGCAUUUCGCAUUCCACUCGUCAUUCAUUCGUCAUUCGCGCGUUACACUUUGGUUAUAUUGUCGUCGGUCGAGCAAGUUAAAGCGAACCGCCAUAAGCCAACCGCCACCCGCCAUCCGCCAGCCAUCACUCCGUUGCUGCUGCCUUCUGUUUUUCUGUUAUUAUUGUUGCCUUUGUUUAUUGGUGCGUGUCUUCGCUUUGCGCUCGUUUUGCUUUGAGCCGUUUUUUCGUAGCUAAAGAACGGGGCGAACGACGACAUAAUUAAAUUAAAAUAUACUCACAACACACUCACACACCAGCGCACACGCACACGCACAGGCACACGUACACGUACACACACCAACACCAACUAAUCACAUUACCAGCACAUCAGCCAUCAAACAUCAACCAUUGACAUCGACAUCGACGACGGCAGUCGGCAGUCGGCUUGCUAGCAACGGAACCAGAAGACAUUCAUAGUUUGUGUAGCAUACUUUUUGGCGCGCGUCUCACACAACCUCUUAACGCAAAUUAAAAACGCUGUGCACACAGCACAUUCAUACUACGGCCAACAUCUGAGUCUACUUUCGGGCCGAGGCAACGAAUUCAACCACUUUGCUGUCUGGGGUGGUAUGUGGAUAAAUUUUAGCCGCCAUGGAUCCCAGUGCUCUACAAAACAUGGAUCGGGACGCAUUAAAGAAGCAAAUCGAGAAUAUGAAAUAUCAGGCCUCCAUGGAGCGCUGGCCGUUAUCUAAAAGCAUUGCUGAAAUGCGCUCCUUUAUUGAGGAGAACGAGAAGAAUGAUCCAUUGAUUAAUGCGCCGGAUAAAAAGAACAAUCCGUGGGCCGAAAAGGGCAAAUGUAUUAUCAUGUAAUAUUAUCGCAAACCACAGAAAUACCGUAAUGAUGAGCAUCCAAGCAUCAACAACAAUAACAACAACAACAACAACAAUAUAAAGACAAACAUCACAACAACAACCACAACAACAACAACAACAUCAGCAACAGCAACAAAUCAAUACCUAAGUAAUGACAACUAUUUAGAGAGCAAUCGAUUUAGCAGCCAAGUAUCAUCCAAUUCCUUAGAUCUGAGAUCGGUUGAGCUGCAGCAGGAACAACAGCAGCACUACAACAGCAACUACUACUAUUACUACAACUACAAUUUGAGCUAUGCACCACCGCCGGCAGCACCGCACGAGUGCCUACUCGGCGGCCCGAAGGGGCUGCUCCAACAAUUGAGGCGCCGCACCCGCCACGAGCUACAGCAGUGGCCGCUGCUCAUGCAGCUGGUGGUGCUGAUCCUGUGGCUGCACGGCAAGUUCUGGCAGAUCGUACACGAGCAGAUCCUGAUGCAACGCAGGCGCUGGCAUUGAUGUGGAGCUGGAGCGGAUUGGCAUCGAGUUGGUGUAGCUUGGUUUUUGGUAUGCCGUGAGAACUAUGCUUAAGUUAAUAACUAUGCCACUCUUUCGAAUUCAAACUCAAACUCAAACUCAAAUUCCAAUUCAAAUUCAAAUUAAAUAAAUAUAAUCCAAAUAUGCUGCUUAAAUGCUCCCCCUCCUAAAAAAAAAAACACAACAGUUCUGUGCAACUAAUUUCUUUACCAACUAACAACAACAUGCAGAACAACAGCAACAACAACUACAACAACAACUACAACUACUACAACAACAUCAAUGGGUACUCAAAAGGGUACUCGUUUCACCGCACAUACUCGUUUGUACAUCGUACGCUAUCAUCGUUGUCGCUGUCGUCUCGUUUCUCUGUUUCUCUGUUUCACUCUUUGUUAAACUAUCGCUCUCGUUAUCGCUCGCUCUCGUCGCUAAUCUACUCGUAGCUCGUAGCUCGUAGCUAGCUCGAUCGAUCAUCUCUACGUUUCUUUCUAGCUAUCGUCUGUAGUCGUUACAACUCUUUUUUAGUUAAAGCAUGCAUAUCCAUUGAUUCUUUUUCUGUUCUUUGAUUUUCUUUUCUUUUUUUUUAUAUUAUUGUAUUUCCCUUAUUCAUGUUUUCAUUUUAGCAUCAUCAUCGAAUCAACAUCAAAUCCCAGACGACACAAUUCACACUAGCUGACAUUGAUUGAUGUAAUUAAUGAUAUUAUGAAAGCCAGAAAUGUCUUAAGCCGCGAUAAAUGUAACCCACCCAUCAUACUUUUUAGACAAAAAUAAUGAAAACUAAACUGUUUGCAACAAAUUUUGGUAACCCUAGAAGCAUAUUUCAACUAUUUUAUUUGAAUCUGCCUAAAGCCUAAAACAAAUCCCAACUAUUUUAUGGGCAGCAUUUUAUAUACGGUUUCCAUUUGGCUGGCCUAAGAAAUCGCCGAAUCGUGGAAUGUGGGAAUGAAACAAACGAUCUUGCUGUUUCAUUCCCAUUGUUCCGAUUCUAAAGUUAGCUAUGGCUUGCCAAUUGAAACGGUUAAAUUUGGUAAUAAGUUUUUGACUUACCCAAACUGCUAACUACAAUGAAAGCAAUAGCCUGGAAUGUGGGCAUGAAACAAACGAUCUUGCUGUUUCAUUCCCAACGUCUCAGCGCUGUGCAUCGAAUUGCAGUGCUUAAAAUUUGCCAAAGAAGAACAAGCAAAUAAUAUCUAUGAUUAUAAGAUAAGUUUUUGACUUGAACAAGCUGCUAAACAAACAAGACCCUGAAGGGGUGGCCCUAAACCACUUUGUUCCGAUCUAGUACCAUAUUAUACUUGAAUAUUUUAUGUACCUAGCGAAAAAGAGACCAUGUAUUUUGGGUAGCGCUUAUUUAAUUUUGUGACAAGAGGCAAAGGCAAACGCAAGCCGAUAGACAAUUUUAUGUAUGGUUUUCCAUAAAGCAAAAUAUACUUACUUAUGUAUUAUGUGACAUACCUGCAUAUAUAUAUAUAUAUAUAUAUAUGGAUAUGAUUUUAUAUACAAUAUACACAUAUAUAAAUAUAUGUUUAGGCAAACAAACUAUUUAAAAGAAAGGCAGACGCUGUAGCUACUCGAUAAUAAUAUUUAUUUAGUUUUAAUGCUAUGUUUAUCAUUAUCUAGUGAGAUAUUAUUAUACAACAACAACAAAAACAACCAACAAACAAAAAUACACUCGAAUCAUACUUGGAAAACACUCGAUAACGAUUAAUGUAGUACGACAAAACAAUUAUAUCUACAUACAUAUAUGGCAAAUAGUUGAAACCCACUUAGUGAAAACGAUGAAAACAAAUCGAAUAUUUUAGAUGUGCAGUCAGAAAUCCCGAUGCGAAGUCAGCUUAAACUGCAAAAAUUAACUUGAGAGGCUGAUUUCCAGAAGCCAAGCAGAAUGCUACCUAUAAUAUGCAUAUAUUAACAGUUAUAUAUAGUAUACUAAUUUGAAUAAGCGUGCGCUAAAAAAAAUGGCGCUGUUCAGCUGCUUGAAAAAAAUAACAAAGGAGUAGUAUAUAUAUAUAUAUACAAACGAUAUGUGUAUGUAAUAUAUACAAGAUCUUUAAAUGGGUUUACGUUUAAUCAAAUGCUAAGUUAUGCCUAUGAUUUGGAUUAAACAUAAUAAGUGUUAUAAUUUUAGCAAAAGCUUAAAAGACAACAACAGAAUACACGACACAAACAUUGAAAACACUCGUUAGAAUUGAGGUUACCAAAAAAAACAAGAAGAAAUAUGAAGUAAAACAACACAUUUCAACAAAAUAAAUAAGACAUUUACCCGUAAAUGUAGCGACAACCGUGCACAUUUGAAUUUAAGAUGAAAACAACAAAAGUAGCAAAUUGAAAACGAAGAGUGUACCUUCAAUUAAAAGCAAGUCGCGCAAAAGGAAAACAACUAACACCCCCAACAAAGAAAACAGAAGUUAAAAUGUAACUUAAUAAUAAGAGCAGCAGCAGAACAACAGCAACAGCAACAACAGCAGCAGCAGCAGCAGCAACAACAACGGUAAAGUAAAAGCAGAGUAGCUGAAAACCGACUACAACAAAUUAAGCAACAGCCUGCCCAGGCAAGGAACGCCAGAGAAUGGAACAACGGAAUCGGAGCAAAAUCAUAAAGCGGAAUGCCCACAAAAUGUAGAUGCGAAAAACCAACGGAGCAUUUAAAAGUGGAUUAACUGUGGUUCAGUACAGUAAUCAGUUUAAUCAGUAUAAGAUCUAGGGAAUUACAAUUGGCCAGCAGAACGAAUGAACGAAUGGAACGCGCUCAGCGUCAAAUAGCACAAAGUAGCAGCCAGCUACAAUCAAGCUAAAGCGGCCGAAAGCCAGCUAAACGAAUGGCGCAAGGCGUGAAAAAAGCUGCACUUUAGUUCUACAAGUACAACACAUACAUAAAUAAGUUAAGGUAUUGGUGGUAAAAAAAAAACAAAAAACAAAAGCAAAACAAAACAAAAACAAACAAUUAAAUAAAGUUACGAAUUAAAAUCGAAUAGUCGAAACGUUGCUAGCAAAACGAUCGAAUAGUAUAAUCAAAAGAGCUGAGCCUCGUCAGGCAUACCCCCAAUGUAGGACUGCCGAUGCUCACAGACAGGGAAACACUUGGCAUGUGGAACACGGAACGUUGCCAGACGACGGACGUGUUCCAAAUGCCGGUCGUUUGCGUGUCUGGCCAACAGUUGAAAUCAAAGCAAACAGUUCAAGCUAAAUUAUAAAUGUAUAGCAAGUAGGCGUCUUCUGCUUUAAGCACUUCGAAUAUGCCACAAAGUUAGCCUGGUCAAAAGUUAUUUCCCGACGGUUUUCAUGAGUCCAGCUGGGAGCACGGUUCAAGAGCGCAUUAAGCACGCUGCGUAGUCAGGCAAGGUGUCCGGGCGAGAGGGGUGUGAGGGUGCCAUGAAAAUUGAAUACGUCCCCAUCGGACCGAGAGUGUUGAAAUUUUGAGAAGUCACCCAAUCCGAUGUCAUACUUUUUCCUUGGCUAGGCUCUCGUUGUGGCACAUGGUCUGCUCAAAGUAAACGCACUUUCUUAAUAUAUAAUCGACAAAUGUGUUUAUUCAAAUUCGUUUUCUAAUUAGCCAACCUACAAACAAACCAAACAAA